AUGACGACUGCCGCAACAAGGCACACAUCGCCCGCGCUUCAGCGACCGAUGAAGAACUGCACCCCGAGCCACGGCCCGGACAGGGACAGGUGGCGACUGGUGCCCCGUGCCGCCAUGCCCCGUGCUGCUGUGCGGCAGGCCGCCAACCCCGACCCUCCUGCUUGUUCGACCGUUUGUGGCACGUCCAUCCACCGCCGGUGUAGCAGCUGGCUGCCGCUGUUCAUCACCACCACCGCACCACUCGUCCUCUUCCAUGCCGGUCGCCGGCUCGCCGCCUUCUGUCCUCUUCUGGUGCUCAACCUCGCAACUGAAGGUGACCAAGCUACUACGUCUCCUGAGAGGAUACCAAACAGACCAAUGUCAUUUAUUAGCUGUGAAAAAAUAGAUUAUCUGAAAUGUUUUACAUAUUUGGAGGACUUGAUUAUGUUUUCUAUAUCGGAAUCUGAACAUGAUGAGUUGAACGAGAAAGAUGACACAUUUAUGAGUAUAGAGGAAGAGGCGGAUGCAGAAGCAGUUGCCGCAAUAGGAGGUGACGAGUCCGUCUUACAUAGUAUCAUUGAAGAUGAAGAUGCCGAACCAAAUAUUGUCGAAGGUGCCAAUAUAGAAGCUACUCGAGAUGACAAGCCAAAAGGACAGAAGCAUAUGGCCUCAAGAUCACAAAUCUGGGAGCAUUUCACCAAAGGUUUUGAUGAUAAGGGGUUAGUGAAGGAAGGAAUGUGCAAAUAUUGUGACCGACCAAUUCAAGCUACUACAACAUGA